UAUUCAUAAAUCAAACCCCUCCCUUCCUUCCUCUCUUAUGGUGCAUAGGCUUCUAAUUUGCACCAACAUCUCCUAUCUUUUCUCAAACAUUAAUUCCUAAUUCACACCAAUUGAAAAGCUUCUUCAAUUGAAUUUCUUAUCUUAAAUUCGUUCAUAUUAUUAUAACAUUAGUGUGUGAUUCAAUUGUGCAUCAAUCUAUCUCAUCUCUUUGAUUUUUAGUAUUAACUAUUCGAUUUUUUGGAGAAGAAGAAGCGAACCUCAAAUAGUCCGAAGUUCUGAAAAGAGGUAAUAAAGUAUAAAGUACAAUCAAAAUUUAUUUUAUCAAUAGUUAGUAAGGAGAGGGGAAUGAUAAGAAUUGACACAACAAAUAUCUUCCUUAAAUCAUCAAAUUGAGUAUAUUAUUAGACUUAAUUACUCAUCAUGCAUUCGAGAAAUCAAUGGGGAGGAUCUUUUGAGUUGAGUAGCGGCGAAGUGGUGUCGGGCUACGAGAUCAGCCCCGCGGAACAAUGGGACAAAGCAGCAUUGCUUGAACAGCCAAGACGAGAUGAAACACUACAAAGUUGGAUUCUUGAAAGAUCAGAAACUAAGAGAAAGAAGAGCAAAUAUGUUGAUUUUGGAUGCAUUGUGUUGAGUCACAAAGCAUUGAAAUGGAUUUUUGGUUCCAUUUUUGUUGCUUUUUGUGUAAUUGGGCUUCCUAUCAUCAUUGCCCAUUUUUUGCCUAAGCAUCAUGCAAAACCUAUUCCACCUGAUAAUUACACCCUUGCCCUGCAUAAAGCGUUACGUUUCUUCAAUGCUCAGAAAUCUGGGAAAUUGCCAAAGAACAAUGGAAUUCCAUGGAGAGGGAACUCAGGGUUACAAGAUGGAAAAGAUAGUAAUGAUGUUAAAGGAGGACUUGUUGGUGGUUAUUAUGAUGCAGGGGACAAUAUUAAGUUCCAUUUUCCAAUGUCCUUUGCAAUGACAAUGCUAAGUUGGAGUGUGCUUGAAUACAAGCAAAAAUACAUAGAUAUUAAUGAGUAUCAUCAUACUAGAGAACUCAUUAAGUGGGGUACUGAUUACUUGCUCUUAACCUUCAACAGUUCUGCUACCAAAAUUAACACAAUUCAUGCUCAGGUUGGUGGAGCUCUAAAUGGUUCAAAAACACCAGAUGACCACUACUGUUGGCAAAAACCAGAAGACAUGAAGUAUCCACGUCCCACAACAACCAUAUCUCAAGGACCUGAUCUUGCAGGUGAAAUGGCAGCAGCAUUAGCAGCAGCAUCAAUAGUUUUCCAAGAUGAUGUUACCUAUUCCAAAAAACUCAUCAAGGGAGCUCAAACUGUCUUUGCCUUUGCAAGAGACUUUGGUAAAAGGUCACCUUAUAGUCGUGGACAGCCUUACAUUGCACCUUUCUAUAACUCAACUGGCUACUUUGAUGAAUUCAUGUGGGGUGCUGCUUGGUUGUAUUAUGCAACUGGAAAUAAUACCUACAUUUCCUUAGCAACAAAUCCUUCUUUACCUAAGAAAGCCAGUGCUUUUGAUAUGAUUCCUGAUUUGAGUGUUUUCAGUUGGGAUAACAAGUUACCUGCUGCAAUGUUGUUGUUGACAAGAUUUAGGAUGUUUCUUAAUCCUGGUUACCCUUAUGAGGACAUGUUGAGUAUGUACCAUAAUAUUACUAGUCUUACCAUGUGCUCUUAUCUUCAUCAAUUCACUGUCUUUAACUGGACUAAAGGGGGAUUGAUACAGUUGAACCAUGGACGACCGCAACCUCUUCAAUAUGUUGUGAAUGCUGCUUUUUUGGCUUCUCUUUUUGCUGAUUAUAUGGAAGCAAGAGGUAUCCCUGGAUGGAAUUGUGGUCCUAAUUACUUUCCAAUAUCUGUUCUCAAGACAUUUGCAACAUCUCAGAUGGAUUACAUCAUGGGUAAAAAUCCAAUGAACAUGAGCUACAUAGUAGGGUAUGGCAACAAUUUUCCUAGACAUGUUCAUCAUAGAGGUGCAUCAACUCCAAAGGAUCACAAACAUUACUCAUGCACUGGUGGUUGGAAGUGGCGUGACACACAUAAACCAAAUCCUCACAACAUCACAGGAGCAAUGGUUGGAGGCCCAAACCGUUUUGAUCAAUUCCAUGAUUCAAGGAUCAAUUACAAUUAUACUGAGCCAACCUUAGCAGGGAAUGCAGGACUAGUAGCUGCUUUAAUUUCAUUAACAAGCACUCCAAGUACUGGCAUUGACAUUAAUACCAUUUUCUCAGCUAUUCCACCACUUGGACCACAAAGUCCACCUCCACCACCACCUUGGAACCCUUGAUAUCAUCCAUAUAUCAAUAUAUUGAUUUUCCCCCUCUUUUUUGUGUUCCAGACAACACUUUUUUGGCUUAUAAUUGAGUCUAGAGAGAGUACUCAUGAACGUAUAUCAUUUUAGUAGGUUUUAGACUCUUACAUAUCAUUUAAAAAUUUAUACUAUUUUAUUUUAGCCUUGUGGAUUGCAAAACCAUAUUUUGGAGUUAAACUGGUAUAGGGAAUUGGAUUUUCUAUAGUUGGAAUUUUCUGUUGUCACUAUAGUCAAUUCAUCUAAGCUAAUGAAUAGAGAUUGAAUGUCUCA